AUGGCAGCAGCAAAGGCCAAUGAGCUUCAGGCUCUAGUCUUUGGAGCAUCUGGUAUUACUGGAUGGGCCCUGACGAACGAGGCGUUGUCAUAUCCGACAGCUACGACGUUCAAGAGGGUGGUGGGCCUCACGAACCGGCCACUGAGUGUAGAAGAUGCAGGACUUCCUCAAGAUCCACGAUUACACCUGUAUCCCGGCCUUGACCUCUCAAGGGAUUCGCAAAGCAUCACUGAGUAUUUGAGCACAAUCGACAAUAUUGAAGAAACCACUCAUGUCUAUUUUGCUUCAUAUGUCCACCGCGGAUGGGGAACAGAAGACUCCGAGAAGCGCAAAAAAGAGAAUGUGGACUUCAUAGCCAAUGCAGUGACUGCGGUUGAGAAUAUCUGUCCGAAGCUGCAAUUCUGGACAUUCCCAACUGGUGGAAAGUGGUAUGGGCUCGAAUUUGGCGAUGAGGUGAAAUUGGAAACUCCUCUUAAAGAGAGCGCACCGAGAGUUCCACCUCCUCAUGGAGACCAUAUCUUCUACUAUCCUCAAAUCGACACACUGUCCAAGCUCUCCCAAGGCAAGAACUGGAACUUUGCGGACAUUCGCCCAGACGCUGUGAUUGGUUUUGUCCCAAAUAAUAACGCUAUGAACCUAUCCAAGCCCUUGGGUCUCUAUCUCUCCCUAUGGAAAUCGCUUUCACCUUCCGUCGAAGUCCCAUUCCCAGGGUCCGAAGAGGCUUGGACUCAUCUCCACUCUGACGUCUCUUCUAGCCAGCUUGCAAAAUUCCACAUCUACGUCUCUCUUCACCCAGAAAAGACAGCAGGAAAGGCAUUCAACAUUGCAGAUGUAGAUGCAGGCACCACUUGGAAAGACACUUGGCCUGGUAUCGCGGCUUGGUUUGGGCUGAAGGGAGUGGGACCUGCGGCAAAGGGAGAAUUGAGCGGGUAUCCAUGGGUUGAAUCACAAAAGGAGAAAUGGGAUACGUGGACGAAAGAGAAUGGAUUGAGGCCAAAAGUUAUUGAAGAGGCGACUUGGGAAUUCAUGACCGUCGUAACUGGCGUUUAUUCGGAACGAGAUCGCAACUUCGACAUCACUGAGGCGAGGAGGAUCGGCUUUACUGAAAAGCCCGACCAUAUCAAGAGCUACCAUAAUGUUUUCGAUAAAUUGAGAGCCGAGAAGCAUCUUCCAUAA